AUGGCGCCCAGACAGUCCAUACCUAUCCCCUGUCUCCGUGGAGUGAAUGUUUCUUCACACAGUAAGGGUAUGCCUUUUAACCCGGUAGACUCAGGUCCACAGGGCAGCUACUUACCCCCACAACAUGUGUUUGAGCCGUUUGGUAAACACAGUGUCUCAGCAGGACUUGAAUGUAUAUCCUCACUAGGCUUCAACUGCAUCCGAUUACUCGUCUUUCUGGAAGCAUGCUUCACUACAUCAGGAGGCAUUGUUGAUGAGUACGUUGAUGGUGUAGGGGACUUCAUCAUGGCUGCGCACGCUCAUAGAUUCUUCGUUGUCUUAGACUUUCACCAAGACAACUAUUCGAGACGUUUGGGAGGCAGCGGGCUUGCAGAUGUGUUUCUUCCGGCAUCCCUACGUACUGCCCACACGGUCUUCAAGGGACUUGGAGAGUCCUGGGGUUCACAACCUUUGACGGACAGGCGGUACUGGACUUGCUGGAUGAGAUUUUGGGACAACGCAUUGAUCGAUGAGAUGCCUGGUUGGCCGCGCAUGGCCCUGCAAGAGUUGUAUGUUUAUUGUGUCACUGCCAUCUUGCAGAGAUUAUAUGCAAGAGAUGGCUUGUUCGUUGAUGCCAUUGACAUAAUCAACGAGCCUUGCCUGCCAGAAGUAUUUGCAGGCCAGCUACUUUUCGUUCCGUGGCAAACCAGAGCCAGGCGUGAACAGCUGAUAGAGUUCUACGCACGCGCCAUUGCUGGCCUAGAAAAGACUGGAUUCCAUGGAUACUACUUUCUGGAACCCUUCAACUACGACGUGAGCUACCUCAUGAGGUUCUCUAUAGGACUUGAUGGGUGCUGCAAUAGAGUGUGCGAGGUUCUUCCCGGAUUCGACCGUAAGCGACUUGUUUUUGCACCACACUGCUACCAACCGCUUACGAAUGUUGGCCCAUCCAUAGAUUGCAUUGUACAGAACCACAUAAGAUCCCAAGAGACUGGCGGAUUUUCGUGGAUGGUAAUUGGAGAACUAGGUGAUGUUACCUAUGGUGCACCGGAAGGGGAGACAAUCCUGGACAAGCAGCUAAGACGCUUAACUAGUAUGGCUAUUCCGUGGAUUGUCUGGGAGUUCUGCCCUGUCUACGAAGCAUCAGAGGCUGAGUCUCGAGACGUAUAUCGCAUCACUAACAACAUCCACAGCUUCCCGUGGAACGGAGAAUACUGCUCUAUUGUGGGCCCGGAUCUGAAGCCCUUGCCCAUCUAUAUAAAUGUGCUUACUCACUAUCUCACUCAUCUACAGGAGGGAGCCACCCAUGACAGACUUUCUACAAACACUGCACCUUUUUCACCUCAGCAGAAAACUCUCUACAUCUUCCCUAGAGAUGGGAUAGACGCCAUCCCAAUCUGUCAGCUGCAGCGCCUCAUGCGACUUUCUGGACAAAAGGUUUCCACCUGGUCAACCAUACAGUGGUACGUUAUCACUGAGUCUACCCAUGUCCCACCAAACACACAGACCCGCCAGUACCUUCUCGAUUUCACACUCAGCAGUUUGGGCUUCCGUCAGUAUGUGGACGCCGUGAUGUUUGUGAAGCAAUAUGGAGGAAUCAUUGUCUGCUUAGACAGAUCACUGCUCAGCGGAGCUUACAUUUGUGACCUGCUGGCAGAGUAA